AUGAAGGCAAAAGCAAGGGAGUCUAAAACGAAAGAAAAUAUUCGCCACUUAACAGGUGGGCCAUCUGUUGUGGAUAUGGAUCCCAUCGAUUCCAAAGUCAUGGAUAUUGAUAAAAAUAUCCUUACUAACAAUGCUGUGGAUAUCGAUAGUGAUAUUGAUGGGAAUAUAGUUUUAUUGGGCGAUAGCAACAAUGAAGCUUGGUGUAAAACAGCAGAAGCAACAAUGCAAUUUUCUCAAGAGGAAAAGGAAAUAAACUUCAAAACUCCUAUAAAAAGAGUUACGACAAUUUGA